AGAGAACAUUCAUGUGAGCAGCCUAUAAUCAAUGCAAUAGGUAAAUAAGGGUUAAGAAGUUGCAUUGUUAUUUAAUGUAUCUUCACUCUCUCGGAUGGAUAUGUCUCAGCAUCCCUAGAAAGUAGUUCCGCAGAGUGAGGAACUAGGGAGAUCACCUUGAGCUUAUUUAUCACAGUGGAAAGGCACAUCGUUCCCUGCAGUUGUUCAACGAGGUAAGGACUUCUAAGUUUGCACCAGUGAACACCAUGCCUCAAUCAAAGAACGUAGACCUGGGCUCUGCCUUCAUCCAGACGCAGCAGCUCAACGCUGCCAUGGCCGACACCUUCCUGGAACACAUGUGCCUGCUGGACAUCGACUCCGAGCCCACCACCGCUCGCAACACUGGCAUCAUCUGCACCAUCGGGCCAGCCUCCCGCUCUGUGAGUAUGCUGCAGGAGAUGAUCAAGUCUGGCAUGAACAUUGCUCGCCUGAACUUCUCCCAUGGCACACAUGAGUACCAUGCACAGACCAUUAAGAACAUUCGUGAGGCAUGUGGGAGCUUCGAGCCUGGCAGCAUCCAAUACAGGCCCAUUGGCAUCGCCCUGGACACCAAGGGCCCAGAGAUCAGGACCGGCCUCAUCAAGGGAAGCGGCGAAGCUGAGGUGGAGCUGAAAAAGGGCAACAUGCUCAAGAUAACCCUGGACGAUACUUACGCAGACAACUGCAGCGAAGAAGUCCUGUGGCUCGACUACAAGAACAUCACCAAAGUGGUGGAAAUCGGCAGCAGGAUCUACAUUGACGACGGACUCGUAUCCCUGCAGGUCAAGGAGAUUGGUUCUGAUUUCCUCAUGUGCGAGAUUGAGAACGGCGGCACCAUUGGAAGCAAGAAGGGCGUGAACCUGCCCGGUGCUGCUGUGGAUCUGCCGGCUGUUUCAGAGAAGGACAUCCAGGACCUGCAGUUCGGUUUGGAGCACGGAGUCGACAUGGUGUUCGCGUCCUUCAUCCGCAAAGCAGCAGAUGUGGAGGCUGUCAGAGCCGUGCUGGGAGAGAAAGGCAAAGACAUUAAGAUCAUCAGCAAGCUGGAGAACCACGAGGGUGUCCGCAGAUUUGAUGAGAUCAUGGAGGCCAGCGAUGGCAUCAUGGUUGCCCGUGGUGACCUGGGAAUUGAGAUCCCAACAGAAAAGGUCUUCCUGGCCCAGAAGAUGAUGAUCGGUCGCUGCAACAGAGCUGGCAAGCCAAUCACAUGUGCAACUCAGAUGUUGGAGAGCAUGAUCAAGAAGCCCCGGCCCACCCGCGCUGAGGGCAGCGACGUAGCCAACGCCGUGUUGGACGGAGCCGACUGCAUCAUGCUGAGCGGAGAGACCGCCAAGGGAGACUACCCUCUGGAGGCAGUACAGACACAGCACAAGAUAGCACGAGAGGCCGAGGCGGCCACCUUCCACAGACGGCUGUUUGAGGAGCUGAGGAGAAGCUCCAAGCUGACCAGAGACCCGUCUGAGGCUGUGGCCGUCGGCGCCGUCGAGUCCGCCUUCAAAUGCUGCGCUAGCGCCCUGAUAGUCCUCACCAAGACCGGGAGGUCCGCCCACCUGAUCUCAAGGUACAGGCCCCGCGCCCCCAUCAUCGCCGUGACCCGUAACGCUCAGACGGCUCGCCAGGCUCACCUGUACCGCGGCAUCUUCCCCGUCCUCUACACCAACCCCUCCCACGACGUGUGGGCCGAGGACGUCGACAUGCGCGUCAACUUUGCCAUGGAUAUGGGUAAGGCCCGAGGCUUCUUCAAAGAGGGAGACGUUGUCAUCGUGCUGACCGGCUGGCGUCCAGGCUCCGGUUACACCAACACCAUGCGUGUGGUUCUGGUGGCCUGAACAGUCUCCAUCCACCUUCAUUUAUGUUUCAUAGCGCUCCACCCUGCACUCCAGCUCACAGCCCCCCCAGUGCAACAGCCAUAGACUCAAACCCUGAACAACUAAUAAUGUAGGCAAUGAUGCAAAGCAAUUAGAGUACAGCCUUCAUGGCUAUAGAGCUGUUUUGGGUGGAGUUUUGAUUCGUACACUUUAUGUUUUCAUUCCUUUCACAUCUCUAAAUCAAAACCAGUCCGCAGGGCCUCAGAUUUAAACACCUUGACCAGAAACUGCUGUAUUUACACUUAUUAUUUAAGGUGAAUCAGUCUUAGAGUGAAUGCUUCCUGGUCUGUGUGCAUGUGCAUACUGCCUCCUGUUUAGGUGGAGUUGGGGGUUAUCUUUUAAAAAGGGCAACUUGAGGACUGUAACGGUAUACUGAUGCAACUCCUCUGCCGAUAUAACGAACAAACUUGUUACAUCCUAAAUCAAAGGGCUCCACCUCUCCACCCAAACAGAUCCUCGUGUAGUGCCGUCUGUUUGAAGUGUCCUCUCCAGCUAUCACUGUACUUAUGAUGCGUGUUGCACUCCUUAUUUACUCCAGACAAUGUUACAUUCAAUGUUAUACUUAACUUCUGUAAAUUGUAGUUUUGUUUUGGGACAUCCAAUACUACUUAUAUUUUGUCAAACUCAAGAGAAAUGUUAGUGUUGGAUGUUCAGAGUUGUUGGAGCUAGUUACUGUAUUUGUGACAUAAAAGCCUUUACCGUUAAUUGAAUUUGGAGCAUAUUUAUUUUGAAUCUCGUGUGGUUUAAUAAAGUUGACUGAUAUAAAAGAGCAUUGUAGGGUAUUUCCAAAGGGGACCUGGUGAAGGGAUGACACCCAGUCCCUCUCGACUCCAGUGGGUGAGGGGUCGCCCCCCUCUGCUUGUCUUUCUCCUUUUUAUGUUGGUGAGCCACUGUAGCUGUCUUUUUGUGUCUAACAUGCUUUUGAUUGUAACGCUAGAGUGUCUGAACUAACUAAAUGUAAAGGGGUAUUAUAAUGUUUAGCUGGUGUACUGAGCUGUCCUUAAAGCCUGGAUUUCCAUCAAUAAAAGAGAUGAACACUUACCUUAA